AUGCAGGGCCUCCUCCGCCGGCUGCUGCUGUGGGGCCCACUGGCGCUGUCUCUGAAGAACUGGGUGCUGGACGUCGCGCCCGUCAGCGGCCUGUGCCUACGGCCGGUCUCGCGGCCGGACGUGGUGGCCGAAUCGGAAUGGGUGCUUGUGCAGAAGUACGGCGUCCGGGUGCUGGGGCGGUUCAGACGGGGAGACGUGGUGUACCUCAGGUCACUGGAAGAUCCCACCCGCCAUUGGGUGAGGCGGUUGGCUGGAAUCGAGGGGGAUUGGGUUUCAGAUCAUGGCCACAUACGGAAAGUUCCACAGGGACACUGCUGGCUUGAUGGGAGCAGCGUGAAGGGCGUGCAUUCCUAUGCUGACUGCGCUGUGCCACUGGCGCUGCUGGAGGGCCGCGUGUCCCACAUCAUCUGGCCCCCGUCUCGCAUGGGCGAGGUGGAGUCCUAUGUGCCACCAGGCAGGGUGAUAAGAACAGCUGACCGAAGGGAGCCAGCUGCAAGAAAGUGA